AUGUGGCUUUCUGGUCCCUUUUUAUUACUUCUGGCUGUAAUAAUCACGCUUGUUGGAGCCAGUGAUGGCAAAAACUAUUUCACCAACCCAGCCUCUAAUACUGGUAUUAACCCUGUUUGGGCACUGGGUGACACGCAAGUCAUAUCUUGGAAGACAGAAUUAGGGGUAUUCAAUGUCUCCAUUUGGCAACAGAGUUUGGUGCAGGAAAGUGCUGCUAGCCAGGGAAACAUAUACGCGACAAAGUCACCAACUUCACUUGGGCCGUUCAGCUUUAUGGAUUUGACCUAG